UGAAGUCGGAGAUUUCCGACUUCCCAGUUGUUCUGAACUCGACAUUAUGAAGCCAGUAAGCAACGUUAGUGAGAGGCUAGGGCAGGGUUCUCCAUCAAACUAGCAAGCUUGGGAGAUGGACAAUGUUACACGCUUUUAAAACUAAUCGAAUAAAAGCUGUACUUUAUUUAAAUAGCACGAAUGGUGCAGAGCGCUGCAGAAGGUAGCUGGUUAGCCUAAACACGUUUACUGGAUAGACCAGCCAGGACAACCUUUAGACAUUUAGCUACCUAGACAAUUUAUCCUGCAAUCUAGGAAGCUAAUUUAUUUUAUCAAUACAAUUUAUCUUAAUGAAACCGGGUCCCAAGCUUCCAGAAAACUGGUGUGUUUGCGCAUUACUGCCGUGGAGCUCAGACUGCAGCCACGCAGACUAACCCCAGGCAGUUGAAGUUGAAGGCUCCCUGCUGGUUGAGGAGUUUUGGGGCUCCCUGCUGACCCCAACGUCCCUCCAAUGAACUCAGUGAAAAUUGGCCUUUCUCCUAAUCCACACAGUGAAGGCUCCUACCCUUAUGACCCUGUGUCCUGGCAGCAAGGCAGCAAUCAGCCGGCAGGCUCCUUGUCUGUGGUAACUACUGUGUGGGGGGUGACCAAUCCUUCACCCAGCCAGGGCCUGGGUGGGAACCCGAUGGGUCCAGGUGGGAACUCUGGCAGGGGCCACAUGAUUCGCGGCAACAUCCCUGGGAUGGGCCAGCAGUUUAUGAGUCAACAGGGAUACCCAGAGCCCAACAAGGCCUACAUGCAUCAGGGCAUGUACGGCAGGGGCAACGGGGGCUACCCAGCUGGACCUGGCUACGGGGGAAGUUACCCCAAUAACGGAGGGGGGUCUAUGGGCAUGCCCCCUCACAGCAUCCACCCUCAAACCGACUUCACACAGGCGGCGGUGGCAGCAGUGGCCACAGCGGCUGCCACAGCAACGGCCACUGCCACGGCAACAGUUGCUGCCAUCCAGGAGAAGCAGAACCAGGAGAUGAAUUAUGGCCAGAUGGGUGGUGGUGUGGGCUACAACAGCCAGUUCAUGCAACACCUGGGCACCAGGGGUCCCCUUGGCAUGUCUCCGGCAGGUAUGGGUCCCGCUCGUCCCCCGUCCAUGGGGCCCAUGUACGGGGCCCCUCAGGUCCAGAGGAUGCCUCAGCAUCCAGGCUACACCGGGGCUCAGCAGGGACCCCCCAGGCCGCAGCAGGGACUCAAACGCCCAUACAGCGCUGAGGGGUUUCCCGGGAAGCAGUAUGGUCCAGGCAUGGUGGGCCCUGGCCCCGCUCCUGGUCAGAGCCCCUAUCCUGGGCAGCCCAUGCAGUACCACGGCGGUCCAGGGCCCCAGCGCCCAGACACCUCCCCAUCCUACCAAGGCCACAAGAUGCCAAUCCAGCAGGGCAACAUGGGCCAGUACCCUUCGGGACCAGCCAACCCAGGACAGGAGAACAAGUCGGAACAGUUCAACGGACAGGGCAACACUCUGAAUGCGAACGGGGGAGCUUACAACACCUUCAACCAGGCUGCAGUCAAUAGGCUUGGCAGGCCAAUGCCUGGUUAUCCAAGCUCUCCCCUUCCUGGAAACCCAACCCCUCCCAUAACCCCGGGGAGUGCAGUGCCCCCCUACAUAUCCCCUGGCCAUGACGUCAAGCCCUCCUUCCUGCCUGACAUCAAACCAAACAUGAACUCCCUACCGCCACCACCCCCCACAGGUAACCCUAGCAAUGACCUGCGGCUGACCUUCCCUGUACGAGACGGCGUGGUGCUGGAGCCUUUCCGCCUGGAGCACAACUUGGCCGUUAGCAACCACGUCUUCCAGCUGCGCGACUCUGUUUACAAGACCCUCAUGAUGAGGCCUGACCUGGAGCUCCAGUUUAAGUGUUACCACCACGAGGACCUUCAGAUGAACACCAACUGGCCAGUGUCAGUGCAAGUGAGCGUCAACGCCACGCCCCUCACCAUCCAGCGCGGCGACAAUAAGACUUCCCACAAGCCCCUGUACCUGAAGCAAGUGUGCCAGCCUGGGAGGAACACCAUACAGAUCACUGUCACCGCCUGCUGCUGUUCUCACCUGUUUGUGCUCCAGCUGGUCCACCAGCCGUCAGUGCACUCAGUGCUGCAGGGUUUGAUGAAGAAGAGGCUGUUGCCAGCGGAACACUGUGUUACUAAGAUCAAGAGGACCUUCAGCAGUGGCACCAUCCCAGGGACGCCGGGGCUGAACGGGGAAGAUGGGGUGGAGCAGACGGCCAUCAGGGUGUCCCUCAAGUGCCCCAUCACCUUCCGCCGCAUUCAGCUGCCAGCGCGGGGCCACUACUGCAGGCACAUACAGUGUUUCGACCUUGAGUCCUACCUGCAGCUGAACUGUGAGAGGGGGACCUGGCGCUGUCCUGUGUGCAAUAAGACAGCUCUACUGGAGGGGCUAGAGGUGGACCAGUACAUGUUGGGGAUUCUUAUCUAUAUUCAGAACUCGGAAUAUGAGGAGAUCUCUAUUGACCCGGUGUGCAGCUGGAAGCCCAUUCCCAUCAAACCCGACCUUCACAUCAAAGAGGAGCCGGAUGGGCCAGCACUGAAGCGCUGCCGCACCCUGAGCCCCAGUCACAUGAUCCUGCCUAGUGUCAUGGAGAUGAUCGCCACCCUGGGCCGAGCCUCGUCGCCCUACCCCUCCAUGCCAGCAGGGGUAAAUGGCAGCACUCCGGACUACCCCAGCCAAGGAUCGGGAUACCCUAACCAGCAUGGGUUCUCAGUCUUCCCAAAUGCCCCUGGCACCCCUAAUGUUGGGGAGUUCUCCUCGGGACGACUCCCCCUCUCCUACCAGGCUGACCUGCCAAGUGGACUCCUCACUCCAGACAAGCCCUUGGGACAUACCAUGUCAUCCCAGGUACUUACAAUUCCCCAUUCGGGCUGCAUGGACUCCUCCCACAGUUCUCUCCAACAGCAACAGCAUCAGAAGCAUCCAGGCCUCGAUGGCAACUCGCACCUCAGGGGACCAGGAGCACCAAUGAUGCAGCCUCGCAAUCCCUCCCAAAACACCAGACUACACACAGAACGCUCCUUUGGGUUAGGGGGUUCCGCUGGCUCUGAGGUGCCAGAGCCUUCCUUAGAUUUACUUCCUGAAUUGACAAAUCCUGAUGAGCUGCUGUUAUAUCUUGGCCCCCCUGAUUUACCGAACAACAGCAAUGAUGACCUACUCUCUCUCUUUGAGAACAACUGAGUCCCGGUGCUUCUCUCCUCUCCGGUCUCCCACUGUUCCCUGCAACACAUAAACUACAAAAAAUAAGUAUCCCAAUGACAAUGUGGGUAUAAAAAAAUACGUAUUGUAAUAUAAGAGCUCUCCUUGAGCCGAAAAUGGGCUUCAGCAGAUGGGAUGUCAAGAAUACUUUUGAAUAUGAGGAAAGUCAUUAUUUGAUGUCCUUUGUCUGACUAUGAACUUUGGUAACAUAUUUUGAUUUAUAUCUUUAAACUAUUGCCUCAUCCAUUCCCUUGUUGCUACCUUUCUUGCCCAAGUGAUCAAAUUGUACUUAAGUGCUUCCUUAUUAGAAUCACAUUCAUUGUAUGUCAUUUGGAAGGGAUUCAGACCCCUUCACUUUUUCCACAUUUUGUUACGUGACGGGCUUGUUCUAAAAUGGAAUAAAUAAA